GUUUCCUGUCAGGUUUUGGGGCCAUGGUACAAGAGGGCAGAGGAUUUGGGGGGAAUUUACCUCAUGAAGUGGCGGGAGGAGCCAUUUUGUGCAUCAGAGGGGGCUCUCUUGUGGGGGGCAGAGUUGUUUAUAAACCCCAGCUGAUGGUACAGACCCCUCUGUAUAAGGACUUGAUAUCAAACCUGGAAAAUCCACUACUUUUAGUCAUUGCUCCAUCUUAUCCGCUGUAUGAGGGGCUGCAGGCGAGAACAAGAUGGCGAAACGAAUUGCGGACAAAGAGCUGACGGAUCGGAACUGGGAUCAGGAGGAAGAAGCCGAGGAUGCCGGAAUGUUCUCUGUGGCCAGUCAGGAGGUUCUGAAGACGAGGGAGAUCAAGAAAGCGAAGCGGAGAAAUGCGGGGAGUGAGAAUGAAAUUGGCGGAGCUUUUAAAGGGUUUAAAGGUUUAUUCCCUGCAUCUGGCGGCUCCCUUCCUUCCUUUGGAAAUGGGUCUUCCGUGAAACCAUUGGAAGGUUUGAGUAACGGAACUACUGCGUCCGCGUUCAUCAAUCUGAAGCCGGCGUCUGAAAGCAAGCCCACCUUUGGUUCUGCCUUUGGAAGCCGCCCCUUACUCGGCACAGCAUCGACCAAUGGUGAGAAGCCUCUGUCUAGCACUGGUGCCACGUUAACUAAGCCUGGCAAUCUGGAGUACAGCAAGCACCUUACAUCUCUGAAUUGCUCUGUGCGGGACUGGAUUGUGAAACACGUCAAUGCCAACCCCUUGUGUGACCUCACCCCCAUAUUUAAGGACUAUGAGAAACAUUUGUCUGCCAUAGAGCAGAAGUACGGUGCCAGCUCAGACAGCGGUUCUGAAAGUGAUGGGGCUGCUCAAACCAAGACCAUUCCAAACCUUCCCUCUAUAAAAGCAGAUUCUAUAGCAACGUUCUCUUUCGGAAACAGAGAGACAGCACCAACCAAGACCCCUCCAGACAGCAAACCUCAAGCUGCGCCCACCUUUAACUUUGGCCAGAAAGUUGACAGUUCCACUCUUAGUUUAAUUGGUUCUGGUGGGGCCCCCAGCUUCUCCUUUUCCACAGGGGCCUCCAGCCUCUUUGGUAAAAACAACGCCAGUACGGCGUCUUCCUCUUCUUCCCAGGAGUCGGAGCCAAGCGGAAAGACUGAGGAGAAAGGUGAAGGGGAAGAAGAAGAACCCCCCAAAGUAGUUAUACAAGAAAUAAAAGAGGAUGAUGCCUUCUACUCCAAAAAGUGCAAGCUCUUCUACAAAAAGGACAAUGAAUUCAAAGAGAAAGGUGUAGGUACCCUUCAUCUGAAACCCGUAGAGGACAAAAAGACACAGCUCUUGGUGCGAGCUGAUACAAACCUGGGCAACAUCCUCUUGAAUAUCUUGGUGCAGCCGUCCAUGCCGUGCUCCAGAACCGGGAAGAACAACGUCAUGAUAGUGUGUGUCCCAAACCCGCCCAUCGACGAGAAGAACCCCACCGUCCCCGUAACGCUGUUAAUACGGGUGAAAAACGCACAGGACGCAGACGAACUACACAAAAUCCUGCUGGAGAAAAAAGAAGUAUAAGAGGAACAGUCAAAACGUAAUUUUUUUUUUUGCCAAUUUGCUGCUUGUUUAGACUCGAAUGAAAGUUGCCGUUGGUCGGGAUUUUUCUGACUAAGGUUGAUUGUUUUAAUGGAUAAGAAAGCUGUAAAAAAAAAAAUAAAAUAAAAAAAAAAAGUUGAAUAAAAUCUUUACGUAUAAA